CUCUAUGCUUUUUAAAAAAGAGCCAGAAGCCUCAAUGCUGGAUGUCGUGCUAUGACAACGUCACUACUCUUCCGUCCUCGCUGGGUCGACCCGUCGGUGAUGUUCCUCUACGACAACGGCGGCGGUUCCGAUGAAGUGAGCAAGAACAUGGACGCUAGCGGUGGUGGUUUUGCAGGAGGCAACUUUGCGGCGAACCAAUGCAGGAACCUGAUGGCGCACCCCGCGUCCCUCGCUCCGAGCACGGCAUACUCGUCAAGCGAGGUCCCUACCUCGGGUAUGGGCGAACCAUCCAAGCAGUGCAGCCCUUGCUCGGCUGUGCAAAGCUCCUCCAGCGCGUCCCUGCCCUAUGGAUACUUCGGUAGCGGCUACUAUCCGUGCAGAAUGUCGCACAACAGCAGCAUAAAGUCGUGCAGCACGCAGCCCACCUCUGCGUACGGGGAGAAGUACAUGGACACGUCCGCCUCGGGCGAUGACUUCACCUCCCGGGCCAAGGAGUUCGCCUUCUAUCCGAGCUAUGCGUCGGUCCCAUACCAGCCGGUACCCAGUUACCUGGACGUGCCCGUUGUAUCAACUAUGAGCGGGCCAGCAGAACACAGGCACGAGCCCCUGCUGCCAAUGGAGAGCUACCAGCCGUGGGCUCUAACUAACGGCUGGAACGGGCAGGUCUACUGCACCAAGGAGCAGCCUCAGCCCGGACACAUGUGGAAAUCCUCCAUACCAGGUACAACAUAGGUAGAGAGCCCUCAGGUUUUACGCAAUAAACCAGAACGACUUUUCAUUGUGUUUUUAUGUAGCCUAAUGCCUAAUGCUUAAUCCACAACAAAAUGUUAGAAACGAUGCCUUUUCUGUAAAAAAUUAUAACGCUUGUUUGUAAAUUCGUUUGAGAGUAUACACUCGUAGAAAAAAGGGUUCCAAAAGGGUUCUUCAGCUGUCCCCAUAGGAGAACCCUUUUUGGUUCCAGGUAUAACCCCUUUGGGUUCCAUGUAUAACCCUCUGUGGAAAGGGUUCUACAUGGAACCCAAAGGGGUUCUAUCUGGAACCAAAAAUGGUUAUUCGAAGGGUUCUACCUAUGCCGAUGUUUUAGAUAUAAAAAUGUUUUUGUGUUUGGCUUGUGAACGGCUUACUAUAUCUAUUUUGUAUUCUGUUUUGCUCCACCAGACGCGGUGUCUCCUGUAGGAGGGGACCUGAGCUCCUUCCGACGUGGAAGAAAGAAGCGCGUGCCAUACACCAAGGUGCAACUGAAGGAACUUGAGCGCGAGUACGCGGCCAAUAAAUUCAUAACGAAGGACAAAAGAAGGAGGAUAUCGGCCCAGACGAACCUGUCUGAGAGACAGGUCACUAUCUGGUUUCAGAACAGACGCGUAAAGGAGAAGAAGGUCGUCGUCAAAGUGAAGAGCAUCAGCUAGUUCUGACUGAUAUACAACAAUGGGAUAGGAAUUAAACACACACACACA